AUGGAAAAACCACAAGGUAUGAAUGUUCUUCAAUGCUCGCCACAUUCCUCGACUGGGGACAUACGGGAUGCUCUUAUCGCACGUAUGCGAGCACACACCGCCCGUCAGCUGGAGCAAGAGUAUCCCUGGAUGGCCAAGCCGGCCGUGAAGGAACUAUCAGACGAGGUCGCCUCCUGUUUUGAAAAGGGCAUCAUUGCUCACGAAUCUGUGAUAGCCCUCGCAAAGCCUCGUAUGAGCUUCCUCAAACUGCCGACAGAACUUCGUAACAUUGUAUAUGGAAUGGCUCUGAAUGAUCAUUCCGAUGAUGGUCAUGGCCAGGUUGUGCUUCAAAGAAUCAUCAUCGCAAGAAACGAAGAUAAGGAUGAUUUCGAAUCACAAACCGCUGCAGGCACAUUCACGCACACGCCGGCUCUCCUGAUGGUUUCCCGCGAGAUCCGGUCCGAAGUAGAGCCUUUCUACUACGGCAGCAGUACUUUUAUGGUGGAGGUUUCUGCGGACAUCGUUGCGGAUAAAGCUCAAAGCUGGCUCGAACACGUUGGGAGUUACGGUCGCUCAAUGAUCAGAAACCUCAUCAUCAAUUUCAUCAACCUAGAUCGCGUUGGACUGAUCAGUCUACUGUCAGACAGCGCUCAUAGCCACAAGUUUUGUGAGUGUCUCCGGAUCCAUGACGAAUUCUUGACCAGAGAGAGUAGCCCAUCCUACCUCGAUAUUUCGAUGCCGCAGAAGCUUCGCAGAUCUGUCUCCUGGAUCAAGGAGCGCAUCCAGAUCGACACAACUGGGGUUGCCGAAACUGCGAUUACAGUCCAGUUCAGCUCAACAUUCGACGAGACUGCAUCGCUGUCGCCAACAGAAUUGUUUUGCGCAUUCUGUUACCGGUCGGGAGAGCCAGACAAUGACAGGUUUCGCAAUGGAGUAUGCAAUGGUUGCGAGAUUAGCCGUGUAGAAAAUGGUAUGUGCGUUGGACCGUGGGCGGUAAAGCCGAGGCAUUCAAGAAGCAAGUUUGGGAGCUAG